CUCGGAGCCGAGAAUGUUACUCCAACUGGAAGGAUCCACCAGCGAGCGGGUCACGAUGGUCGAGCGUUUGCAGAGCACUGGGGCCCAUCGGGGAGCUGCCGCCGCAGGGAGCAGCGUGCCCUACGAAGGCACGUCCGAGCCGAAGCCAAUUUCGUCGAAAUUGGGCACCCGGAAUGAAGAGAUCAGCCCGACGACGGCCGGUCGACCAGUCAACGCUAGCAUCGGCACGACCCGUGUGCACGUUACUCUGUCACUGCCGCACGCUGGUGGUGCCACUUCACCAACACUCAGCACCACCGCCAGCAGUGAGCCGCCGGCACGAAAAGUAGACAUAUUGAUCUACCCAACAGUUUCACCGGAAACGAUCGUCGUCCCGAUCCUGUCCUGCAUCGUGGGCUUCCCCAUCUUCGCGCUGCUGGUCAUCUGCUGCCUGCGGCGCCGUGCGAAGAUAGCGCGCGAACGUGACCGACGGCGAAACUUCGACCUGAAGGCGAACACCAUCACGCUGGUGCGCUUCAACUCGCACCACCUUAACAGCCAGCGGUCGAUAUUGCUGCAGUCCAGAGACAGUCUUAGCCGAGGGUAUCCUUCCCUCGACCUCGACACAGUAUACGAGGAAAGAAGUGACACGCACGGUAGCACUCAGUUCGACUCGCCUGCUGCCCAGAUGCUGCUGACCGAUUCGGCCCCGGAAUCGGACACCGACCAUUGCUAGCAGGACGAAAGUCCGAUCCGGUUCCGUGGGGCGGAACUGGUCGGAGUGCUCGAACCGGCGGACCACGUCCGUAGGCCUGCUUCGAUUAGAAGCUCUACGAGCAUCAGUGGAGCGAUCAGCGGUUUGCCGCCACCACUCGGUAGCUAUGGUAACGAUCGCGACGACACGGUGCUGGAUCUGGUGCGUGGCAAACGGAAACGAUUCCGCAACACCAAACACAAACGGUUGGCCGUCUCACACAGCGAAACGAAUCUCACUGGGCUAGGGCGACCUGGUGGUCAAACCGGUGAGACGAACGGGAGUGCCGACACCGCCAGCAGCACCGAGGGACCGAAACGGACCUCCCGAACCGGCAGUUCGUUUAAGACGGGCGCGAAGCGUAAAAAUCUGCAACGACAGCAGGAAGUGUGCGAUGGUAUCCGGGCACCGCUCUGGGCGACGCUGACCCACGCGCAGACAAUAAGCGAUUAUGAAAUUUAAACUCCUUCCGCCGAGCGGCUGUACCGGAAACGCCAACAAGAAAUAUUACACACCAACAGCGGAACAGGGCGACAGUGUCCUGAUUUACGGUUUCGAUUUCGACUGAUACACGCUUAGGGUUUUGCUCCAACCGUGCCACGGAGGAUGCGCGUAGUGCUUUUGUACUCAACAUACACCAUGCGGGCGAACGAAAAGAAUGUUAGUUAUUUAAAAACAAAACAUGCUUUAGCUAAAGGUGUGCCAAUUCUGAUCAGUGUUGUAGCUAAAACGUGAACAGAUGUGUAACGAAUGUUUUCCAAAUCGCAAUAAUAACGUGGAACGGGUCGCGAACGGUAAGUUUUAGACGACGCUAUACGGGCAUAUUUUAAACGGAAACAUCAACGAGAGGCUAACAUGGUGACGAUGAGAACAAAUAACCCUGUUAACGUACUGUACAAUUAUACAUUUAUAUGAAUUAAUUAUAUACAUAUAUAUAUUUAUCGUGUUUACUUUGAUCUUAUCUAAACACUGUUGCUGUAAACAAAAUAACGGUUUUCAUGUACGAUUUGGCCAAGGCUUGUUGUUGAUGAGUAAAACGUUACGAAAUGAUAACAAUACUAUUGCUAAAGUAGAUAUUUAAACCACAAAGCUAAUAAAUAAUUGAGAUUUUUUGCAUUCAUAAAUAAACGAUCGUUGCAGCUAAAAUAUGAAAUAAACUUAAAAAGGCGAGUAGUAUAAACCAAUAAAAAGGACUUAACCGGUGUUAGUUAGGACUCCACGUGGCGCAGCACACAUGUCGGGUCCGAUUGGGUUUCAGAGUGGCAUACACGCGUACCGUGUUUUGCCGUAACAAGCAACUAUACCACCUGCCGGAAGGAAACUAGUUUUACGGUGUGUCGAUGUUCAA